UUUGCUUGUAACGCGGUCUGUUGCCACUGCAUGAGUCGGACUGGGCGAGGAGACUAACGCAAACGCAGUUAAAGUAUCCGGGAGAGUGAAUUUAAGUAGAACUCAGCCCAGCCCUCUCGACAGCAGCUUUAGUUUUUGUAAAGCGACUGCGUACUGAACCCCCGGACAGUGAUGGGAAGGAAGCUGGACCUCUCAGGACUGACGGACGACGAGGCGGAGCACGUGCUGAAGGUGGUGCAGAGGGACAUGAAGCUUAGGAAGAAGGAGGAGGAGAGGCUCAGUGAGAUGAAACAGGAGCUGGACGAGGAAGACAGCCGAUGCUCGAUCCUCUCCAAGCAGAACAAGUUUAACGAGCACUGCUGCAUCCGCUGCUGCUCCCCCUUCACCUUCCUGCUCAACCCCAAGCGCCAGUGCCUGGAGUGCCAGUACAACGUGUGCAAGAGCUGCCGGACCUACUGCAAGAAGGACAAAGCCUGGCUGUGCUCCGUGUGUCAGAAGAGCAGGAUUCUUAGGACACAGUCGCUGGAAUGGUACUACAAUAAUGUCAAAAGCCGAUUCAAGAGGUUCGGGAGCGCCAAGGUGCUGAAGACCCUUUACAGGAAGCAUAUCGUGGAUCGCGGAGCUUACUCAGAACUCAUAGAAGGCAGUAUUAAUGAAGGAAGCGUUGACAAUGAAGGAAGUGCGUGUGGCAGCGACUCAACUUUCUACACACAAAGUGAAGGACACAGCAUGGCGGACACUCUCACUGUUGCCCUGCGGGUCGCUGAGGAAGCCAUAGAGGAGGCCAUUGCCAAGGCUGAGGACCACGGUGACAGCAUUGAGAAGCAGAAUGAGGCUCGCUACCUGCGGGACAACAAAGAAGAGCUAAUAGAGGAACUCGCUACAACAAUUGUGCAAAAAAUCAUUCAGCGCAGGAAGCGCUCAGGGAUGCAAGCAGAGUACGAGAUGGUGUGGCCCCUGGCCCAGGGCGGCGAGCUCCCCUCCCCCACCCAGUCCCAGCAGAGCCCCCAGACUCACCAGGCCAGCCUGAAGACCUCCUACUCGCUCUGGAGGUCACGGUCCGCUUUCUCCCUGACAAGUGACGAUUCCCCAGACAAGCCGGCGGACCCAGGAGAGAAUUCGGAGGUCCCCGAGGGUGCCCGAAAGGGCAGCUUAAAGGAGUACGUGCCCCUGAAGAAAGAGGGUAGGACCUCUCAGAUGAGCAGCUGGAAGAGUGUUGACCGGCUGGACAACUCCUGUGCCUCCUCGGUGCUGCAGAGCCCUGACGGGAACUGGAUCGCCCUCCAGAGCAGCCAGCUGUCCCGCCCCAGCCUGCUGACCAAGCGCAAGAGCCUUGUCUUCAGCGUGCUGGAGAAGGAGUCGGGCGUGGUCUCAGCCUACGACGAGAUGGGCUCAGACACCGAGGACGAGGACCCGGGGGGCUGGAUCGCUGCCCUGCACGAGUUCCGCCGGAAAAUGUCCGACGAGACGUACUACACGGACUCCCAGCAUGACCCCGAGUGGACCUACACCCAGAACCCGCCGGUCACCUCACCCUCCUCAGGCCAGUACACCAACACAGAGACCCUCAACUCAGACUCGGAGUCGUCCUCCGUCCCGCUCGCCCGGAACGGCCCGGCUAAGCACCGCAAGCCCCUGCUCUCUCUGCUGCAGAGGAAGGGCACCCCCGAGCCCCUCCACCCUCCCCACCCCCACCAGCUGGACGCCCUGGACAUCAACUUCAACCCCAAGGUGGCGGGCAGCCCGGGCGCUGCCGACAGCAGCGAGGCGGAGGACAAGCAGAGCGACCCCAUCAGGAGGUCACGGAGGCGCAGGAGGAGCAAGCGAGAGGCAGGGGAGCAGGCCCGAGGCAACCAGACGCAGUAUUCCUCCUCGGUCCCGGACUACAGCAGCUUCUCACUCAGUUCCAUGGCAAGGAGGGAGGAGGUCCCGCCUUCCCCCGGCAGCCCUCCUGACACUGUGAUCCCUGACACCUUGACCUCUGAAGCUGUGACCCCCAACGCUGUGAGCCAAGAAAGGGAGAGCCGCGCCUCCCGAGACUUCAGCACGGCGGCCACUCUGGAGCUGAAGACCAAACUGUCCGAGCUGGUGGACCGGGCCACCAGCAAGAAGACAACCACAUCAGAGGAAGGUCUCGCAGAGGGAGAGAGACCAGCGGAGAAGGGGGAGGAGAGGCUAGACAAAGAGGAGAGGGACAGAGCACGUGCGGAAAGGAUAGAGAAAGUGGCAAAGAGGGAGUGGGAGAGAGUAAAGGAGGAAAUUUUGGAGAGAAGGGUUGGGAGGCUGGUGGAGAAAGAGGGGGAGAGAGGGGAAGGGAGAUUGUUGGAGGAGGAGAGGACGAUACCGAGUGAGAAAGCAAUGGAGAGGCUAGAGGAGAGGGAGUUAGACAGCGAAGAGGAAAGGUUGGACCAGGGUGAGAAGGAGGCCGAGGGGAACAGAACAACUCGUACCUCACAGGACAGCGCCCCACUUGUCCAGGAGGAGCUCCUGUCUGCAGAAGACAUCCGCAGAGAAGGGUCAGGCACUGCAGACCUGCAGCAGAAGCUUCAGGUUCUCUCCUCUUUCUUACAACAGAAGUACUCAGCCGCGUCUCUGUGCAGCAUAACCACUGAGGUGCUCAAAGUGCUCAACGCCACGGAGGAGCUGAUUGAGGAGGCGGGGGGCGAGGGCCACGUCCCUUCCGAGUCUGCCGACGCCUCGCCCCUCCCCUCCAGUUCCAGCACCAAGAGGCUGGACGAGCAGCUCACCAAACUGGAGGAGAACGUGUACCUGGCUGCUGGCACCGUGUACGGGCUGGAGGGUGAGCUGGGCGACCUGGAGGAGUGUGCCCGGGCCAUCAGCAGCGGUACCACCGAGAAGGAGCUAGCAUACCUGGAGGACCAGGUGGCCAGCGCAGCUGCGCAGGUGCAGCAGUCUGAGCUCCAGAUCUCAGACAUUGAAGCGAGAAUUACCGCUCUGAAAACAGCUGGUUUGAACGUGGUGCCCUGCAUGCGGGGAGCCAAGUACAAGCCAAAGCCUAAGCCUCAAACCAUCGGCUCCUCACGGAUGCACAGACGGAAGCUACCUGCCCCUCCCUUGAGAGAUAAAGACUCUAAGGAGGAGCUGCAGUUCAGACCCCCUCGGCCGUGAUGACAGUGCAGAGGGCCACUCUGACCCGGGCCUCUUCAUGCCAGUGCCUUGAUCCAACGUCCGUCUGGGGCUCCCGAAAUGCCUGGCCCCUGCACACGCCUGCCCGUGCUGUCCUUAGCCCGGCUCCUCUCUCUUUCUCUGUCUCUCACUCUCUCUUUCUCUGCCUCUCUCUCUUUCUCUGACCUCCUGGGGCUCCACGCCACGUGGGACAGCUCCCUUUUACAGCGUGGUUCGAUGGAUUGGAUGGAUGGUAUUCUCUGCCUUAAAAAAAAACUCCCCCAAAGUCCCUGAGAGAUGACGCAUCAUUUGAAAAAAAAAAAAAAAAUAGUAAUUUUAUGGGAAGCAUU